AUGACCCUAGACUACAGCCCAAAAUGGGUGGCUAGUUUUCAACCACUACUGGUCGCUAUUGUGAUAGCUUGCUAUGUCUUAGGCCUCGGAGUCUAUCGCUUAUACCUGAGCCCACUAGCCAAAAUACCUGGCCCUAAAAUCGCUGCAUUGACAACUUGGUACAAUGCUUAUUACGAUCUCUGGAAAAAGGGACAGUACGUCUGGGUUGUAGAGGACAUGCACCGCAAAUAUGGCCCAAUUGUUCGAAUAAGGCCUGACGUCGUGCAUAUAAAUGACCCUUCUUUCAUCGAGAAAAUAUACUCGCAAUCUCCUAAACAGCGACGAGAGAGGUAUCAAACUAUACUCAAAACUCUCCAGGCCGCAGGGUCAAUUCUUGCGACGCAAGACCAUGACCUUCAUCGUAAACGUCGGGCAGUGCUCAACCCGCUCUUUUCCCAACAAAAUGUGCGUCGUUUGGAACCUGUCAUCAAUGACGCGCUCGCAAAUUUAUUCUAUAGAAUGGACGGAUGGGCGAAAACCGGAACACCUCUGCGGAUGAAUGUCGCAUUCAGAGCCGCAACGAAGGACAUCAUCCAAGCUUAUGCAUUUGGUGAAGGAGACAAGUGUCUUGAUAAGGAAGAUUUCAAUACUGAGUUCUUCGAUAUCAUGGCACCAAGCGCUCUUGCUCAUGUCGGAACCCAUUUCUACUGGUUGGCCACUUUCUUAACCAAUAUACCACCAAAGAUAAUGAUCAGUUUGGUUCCUAAAAUUGGAUUAUUUUCGCGUUUUGUAGAGGGGCUAGCUACCCAAGUCGAAGAGAUCCGAAAUGCUAAGGAGAUUCCUGAAGGGAAAACAAUUUUUCAUGAAAUUAUCCGUAGCGAUAUACCCGAGUCCGAGAAAGGGACCAGGCGACUAACCGACGAAGCUAUUGUUAUCGUCAUCGCGGGAAGCGAAACCACCGCAUCCACAUUAGCGGCAAUCAUGUACCAUUUGCUCGCUGACAGGCAGUUAUUUAACAGGUUGAGAGUUGAGCUAGAAACCGUCAUGCCUGAUCGUAACGAGCUUCCAGUGGCGUCAAAGUUGGAUGGACUUCCGUUCUUGAACGCGAUCAUACAGGAAGCUAUUCGGCUCUAUCCUGGCGCCACCCACCGACAGGAUCGCACAUGUCCCGACGAAGACCUUGUUUACGAAGCGCCAGAUGGGCAGACGUACGUCAUCCCGGCCGGCUCAGCCGUCGGCAUGGCUGCUCCGAUUCUAAAUCGCAACCCAGGUUUCUAUGACCAACCAGACAAAUUUCAACCUGAACGCUAUCUCGAAAACCCGAAGCUUUUAAAAUAUCAAAUGUCUUUUUCCAAGGGCACAAGGCAAUGUAUAGGAAUUAAUCUCGCUUACCAGGAACUCCAAACCUUCACCGCCGGCCUCAUCCGUCGGUACGACUUAUAUGAUCCGACUAAGAGGAUUCAGAAUGGUCCUACGCUGGAGCUUUACCAGACUACAAGGGAAGAUGUAACAACACAUUCCGACUUCAUAACCACUUCGCCAUAUGAGGGAAGCCUAGGGCUUAGGGUUCUGAUUCGAAAUUAA